GGUCACGUCCGCGAUUUCCAGUGAUUUAAAUCUCCCCGGAUCUUCGUUACUGACAGAAAAAACGAAACUACUGCAAUUAAUUCUCGCUUGAUCUUGUAAACAUACGAGAUCUCCGAGCUAGCUCCGGGCAUUUAAAUGAUUGACCAAUGAGAGUAACUUUUUAACAGGCUUGGGCAGCUGUGAACCAAUCAGAUUUGUUGUAAGUGACGUCACGCAUUGCAGGUCGUUUCAUCGAUCACACGUGCUUGGCCGUGGGAGUGACUGUGCAACUGCAAGCAAGUACCGACUGUAGCUUUGAUUUGAGUAAAUAUAGCGAAAUGAGUUCUGUGAAGAUUGGAAUUAUCGGAGGAUCAGGGAUUGAUGAUCCUGAUAUUCUUCAUUCCAGACAAGAAAAAUUUGUGGAAACACCCUAUGGAAAGCCUUCAGAUGCUCUUAUCAUUGGCCAGAUAGAAGGGAUUGACUGUGUACUUCUAGCCAGACAUGGACGCAAACACGAUGUCAUGCCCUCCAACAUUAACUUCCGCGCCAACGUCUACGCCCUGAAGCAGGAGGGUUGUACGCACCUCGUCGUCACAACGGCUUGCGGAUCUCUCCGGGAGGAGAUCGCUCCAGGGCAUAUCGUGGUCCCGGACCAGUUCAUCGACCGGACAUACAAGAGGCAGCAGACGUACUACGACGGAGAGGAGGGCAGCCCUAAGGGUAUCUCACAUAUCGCCAUGCACUCUCCUUUCUGUGAAAGAACCAGACAGCAUCUGAUUGCAUCGGUCAAAUCGCUUGGUCUGACGUGCCACGACAAGGGCACGGUGGUCACUAUUGAAGGGCCUCGCUUCUCAUCGCGAGCCGAGAGCAAGAUGUACCGCAUCCUGGGUGGAGACGUGAUCAACAUGACCACUAUCCCGGAGGUCAUCCUGGCCAAGGAACAGGGGCUGUGCUAUGCCGCCAUCGCCUUGCCAACGGAUUACGAUAGCUGGAGAGAGACUGGAGAACAUGUAACUGUAGAGGUUGUGCUGAAGACGUUCAAAAUGAAUGCUGCAAACGGAAAGAAGGUACUGCUCGAUGUCAUUCCAAAAAUAGCCGCAGAGGACUGGACAGACACCAUCAAAGAACAUGAAACUACAGCCAAAGAAGCCAUUAUGUGAUUCAUCCGCUCUUCAUCCAACCGCUUCAAGAGCUCAAGAUAACUACAGCUGCAUAAGGUCAUAAGAAAUCUGUAUACUUAGCUGCAUAAGGUCAUAGAAAUGUACUUUUGCCAUGGAAUUUCUUCCAAUAAUGUGCUAUUUGAUAUUGCUGAUUAACUCAUUUAUUUGCUCAUUUUAAAUUUUCUUCUGUUAUAGCUGACACGAGGUUGUUAAAAAUGUUCUAUUUCUAUGGAUUUGCUUUCAAGGAGGUAUUACACGUCUUAAAGUAUUAAAGCACACAUUUAUUUACUUCUUUUUUACUUCCAUCAGUUAUGGCUGACUAACGAAAUGAUUGUUUCAAUACUGAUGUAUGAUAUGUAUGAAGACAUCAGGAGGGGUUUAGGAAUGUAUAAAGUAACUUUAUCUUAUGACAAACCAUAUAUUAAACCUGCCACCCCAAAACCAAUGAUAAAUUGCUGAAAACAGUAUGAAGAAGAAGAAGAGUAAAUCUUUGAGACAAGCUAAUUUUCAAUUUUUUACAUAUUGAAAACCAAAUUAUUGUUUUAGCUAUUUACAGAGAACCUUUCCUGGCAACUUAUUAUUGGUUUAGGGGUGGCUGAUCACAUAUUAUUAUUAAAAAGGAGCUUUCGUUUUGGAUGAUGAUGCCUCGAUGCCAAGGAAAUCGACACAUAACCAUCUCCGCAUCCGUUCAACUCUUGAGGUUUCAUUGUUCCUCCAGUUUUACGACUGUUCUCUGGUUAAAUCAGCAAUGCGUUGAAAGCGACAACCUGACCCUGAUAAACCUGGGUACAGUUACAGCGUAACACAAAGGUUAGCGAUUGAUCAUACACUUGAUUUUCAUGAUUGAUUGUACAUUGUAGAAUGUUCUACGAUUAUCGCUAAGCUUUGUGUUAUGGUCCCCUGGGGCCUGUUACAGAAAGAGUUGCGUUUAAACGCAAGUCAAAAUAUCAAGCGCAAGUCCCGAAUACGGGUGCUUCAUUGGCUGAAAAUCAUGUUGCGCAAGAUUUUUUGAGUUGGGUUUGAUUGCAACUCUUUCUGCAACGGGCCCCAGGUAACUUGAUAUGCUUUUAGUACGUCAGGGUCUUCAAAAAUCAAAAGGAAUUAUUCACAGGACAGAAACACUUGUUACACCUGACAGCAGGGUUAUAGUUUUCGAUUGUUUUCGAAGCAUCCAUCGUCCGAAACUAAAGCUGCUUGAUAUAACAGCAUUAUUUUUUCCUGGUCUGAUAGAAGCACAAAAUGAUGAUGAAAUUAGAACUAAGACAUUGGUCAUAUCAUUCUAAGAGGACGUGUGCUACUGCGUAUUAAUAAUUAUUGUUGCAUGUUACAUAUCUGGGGCCCGUUUCAUAAAGAGAUACAACUGUUGUAACUUUGCCAUUAUAGCAACUACCAUGGUAACAGGGCUCAGCAGCCAAUCAAAAUCAAGGUUACCAUGGUAGUUGCCAUAAUGGCAAAUUUACAACAGUUGUUACUCUUUAUGAAACGGGGCCCCAUCCGUACAUCGACAUUUAAACAUGACUCCAAAUCAUACUUGACUCUUUUAUGAACCCCCCCCCCCCCAAUCGAUCUGGUUUAUCUAAUUCUAUAUUUUAUUGUUCUUACCUUGCAUUUUACUUUUAUACUUAACAUUAUUUUAACCAACAUUAUUUUAACUUGAAACAGGAAAGAAUUUCCCUUUUUUGGAGAGUGUUAAAAGAUUUUGAAGGUAUUUAUGGUAUAUUUUUAUUUCAAAACUGUAGUAUACAUGUGGCAAAUAGACAUGAUCGUGUUUGUACAGUAUUUCACAUGAGGUGAAAGAGGAGAUCGAUUGUAAAUUUCAUUCAACAUGGUAUAGAUUGUUUCUUGAUCCAUCUGGGGAGUUUUUCAUGAAGCAAAUAAUCCUUUAUAUUUGCCAACUAAUUUGCUCUGAGCCAAUCAUUUCAAAGGAUUUCACUAGCUUACAACAGCAGUCAGUGAAAUGCUUCCCAGAACUGGAAUAUAUGCCAAAGACAUCAAGAUUCAAGAAAUUAAUUAAGUUCCCACAAAUCAUUAUAAAAUGUGUGUAAAUGAUUUUAUACAAUAAUGUUCUUCACCUUUUAAACAUGGGAAAGAGUCUAUUAAAGACAGUUUACAUGCUAAUGUAAUCAUUUUUUUUUAACUUUCAACUUCUCAUAAUUUUUACCCAGACUUAAUCUGCAGAGGUCAGAAUAUGUGCCAUUAGAUUUAUACCUCGGUCACAUUUUCUUUAUGGCGAGUCGAAAACAGCCCUUUUAAUCAUUUUCAUUCAAACCACCUAUAUGAAGCUGGUACAAAAAAGGUUAAAACAGCUGUUUUCGACUCGCCGUAUGGCUGCUGUAGAGCAAAUGUGACCGAGGUAUUAGGAUGAUGUACUAUGUUUUAUUCCAAAGAGGAAUAUUAACCAUAGUGAGAUAAAAUCUUCUUUUUAAAAAAUUAUGCAGUUUUGAUUGCUUUAUUAGCUUUCAUGUAUUUGUUGAGAGCUUUAUAAAAGUUGAGUCAAAUGUAAUAAGUUGUUUUUGCAUAUUUAAGCCUCAAUGGUGUACUGGUUUUUUUUUUGUACAUUUUUAUAUUGCAGAUUUAAUUUUCUCAAAAUUGACAUUUUGAUCCAAAAAGCACAAACUGGAACCAGGAUGAGCUGAAUUAUCUUUUGUUAAUAUAUUAUAUAAGAAGAGAUUGCAUUCUGAGAAAGAAUAUUGAAUAGGGCAAAGUGUUUAUUGCUGUUUUAUUUUUCUUUAUUUCACAAUCUAAAACGUCAUCAGAAAUCUGUACUUCUGCAGAUGAAUAUUGCUACAAAACUUAGGAUGUAAAACAUACAAAUACAUACAUGACAACCUAAAAAAGUAUAAUUUGAAAAUAUGUGCACAUAAUUAUACUUGCUACUUUACUAAUGAUUUCAGAAAUUCCAGGUAGAUAUCGAAGACGGCAUACUGUUCUAUUGUAAUGCAAUAAAGCAGUGCUCGACAUUAGGAGUGGCCCGGGCAACCAAAAAUGAGAGUCGGGCCACAAAAUUCUGUAAAAGCCUGCAAUUGGUGGCCCAGUCGGGCAACCAUAAUUUUGAUAAAUUGUAAUGUUUUAGGGCCACCAAGAAUAUGAAAGUGAUGAUUUUGGUGGACCGAUCGGGCCACCAAGAAAAAAAGUUAGUGUGAAGCCUUGAAUAUAGUGUAGACCUUACUUAGAAAAGGUAUAUUUGGUCAUUUGUCAAGAUUUUAUGGGGCUUAGAACACUUCAGGAAAUUCAUUCAUUUUGAAAUUAUGUCAUUUAUUAGCACAAGAACAUGUUCCACUGUGUAAAGUAGACAUAAAGUGAGCUUAUGUAACACAGAAUUGUCUUCUCUAACUUCACAAAUUGCACUUUUUUUUCACUUUUUCCAAGAUCAGGCAUCAAGCAUUGAGUAACAUACCCUUGUAAAUGUUAGUUACACUAAAGAUGUUCUAAAAAAAACUUCUGUACUUAAUUUUUCAGUCUUCAAAUUAACAGUUUUAACAUGACUACUUUCAGUAGGUGCAUGAUAUGGUUCAAAAUAACAACAUUCUUCAGGAUUGAGAAUAAUGAGUGAGUAAUGACUGUAUAUGUUCACUUCAGUCUCAUAAAGAUAAAACUAAGAAACUCAGUUAACCCCUAUUCUUGUUUGAGUGUAACAUUGGUCCGUAUAAUAUUAACACCAUCAAGUGGUAAAUAUGGAUUUCUUUGUAGUAUAGUACAAGCAUAAUAGUAAUCUAUUGCAUACCAGAUUAUGUGUAGAACAUGCAUAUAAUGCUUGUUUUUAUAAUAUUUUUAAUAUGGUUUAUUUAAUGUGGAAUAUACACGGUUAUGUAAUAUUGAUCAGCAGCAUUUAAUGCUUUUAUUUUCCUUAUAUCAGAAAUAUACUUGUAAUCAAGAAAAUAUUGUGGUAUGUGAUGACCUAGUUAUUUUAUACAGAUGCAGUAUGUGAGAGAUCAA